AUGACUUCAUCUAUUGUUGACUCUCUGUUUGGUUUACUGCACAUGUAUCAGUGGGGUCUAAUUUUAGUCGCCCCUUUGAAUGCACUUUCUAAGGUGCUUAACAUUUAUAGUAUCUGCUUAAAUGAUAAUCCAGUUCACUGAUGCCUCUCACGCUCAGUUUGUGUAGGUUAUAUGAGGUAAGUAAACAUGGGUUGUGCUUUCAUGUCUGUUUUUUAAGACUUUUUAAAUUUAAGGAUGUUUUUUUUUUUAUUUUAACGUCUCAUUAAUCUAAAGAUGAGAAAAACCGAAUAUGUUACUUUGGCAGCAUUUUUUUUCGUGCCAGAGUUACCAACCUAGAUAUCAUUUUACUUCUUUAUUUUCCAAGAAUGCAUUCUAUUAGCGUGCGAUACACGCGGUGCCCAAGUAUUUAGAACGUUCUGAACCGAUCUGGAGCGGGAUUCUUCCAGAGAGCUUUGAGAAUCCCCUCCCUCCUCUCCCAAGCCCCCACCUUUCUCCUAAACAGAUUAUUGAGGAGUUAAAGGAGCUUGUAUCGGUCCCUGUGUCGUCUCUAUGAGGCUUAGAGCUCCAGAGGAAACAGAUGGGAUAAGAAAACCAGGGGAUCUAAUUACAGAGGCUUAAUCAGCAAUACAAGGCCCGUCCAGAACCCAGCCGCAAGCUUCAAGCCGCUGCUCCUUGCGGCUUCUCUCUCAGAGGUAUUCGUCUCGAAGACGGCUCCAUUUAACAUGGAGAACGAGGAAGAGGAAGAUGAAAUCUUUACCACAUUUCAGGGAGGAUAUGAAAGGCAGGAAGAAGUGGAGGAGCAGGAGGAAGAAGAAGAAGAAGAAGAGCAAGAGGAAGAUGAGCCAGAGGCUGAGAGAAAGAGCAGCUGGGAUGUCCCAAUUCCAAGCCGAUCGCUGGCCAGUCGCAGAGCUUCACUUCCAUGUCCGGCUCAGCUGAAUGCGAUGCAUCUGAGUCGUCUGCACGCUGCCACCACGAGUCCUAGCCGCUGGCUUCAGAGCGGCGAGGCUCGACCGUGCUCUCGCUCCAAUCAUGUUGCCAAUAGUGAGGAGGGAGAGCACACCAAGAGCAGCGCAUGUGAACGAUGCCCGCAUGCCAUCCCAACCAUCCCUGAGGUGCACGAGCCUCUGGAGAGAAAAGCUCGGUUUAGGAGCCGCAACGUCAUGUCUCUGAGUGAUGCGGACAGUUUGUGUCUGAUCUGCCAUGACGACCUACGCAAAGGAGGAGGAGUUAUCAGAGAGCUUCACUGUUCCCACAGCUUCCACAGUGAGUGCAUAGAGGAAUGGCUGUGGACCAAGCAGACCUGUCCCACGUGUCAAAAGCAUGUUGCCAUGCCAGAGCCCCUGUACUGGACAUCUACCCGAGUAAUAGUGCCCUGAGCUCUUCCAGCUCCCGAUCAAACUACUUUGGACAUCAGAAGGCUAACCAAAACAUCAGACAUGAAGGCGGAUGAAGAGACGGCUACAAAAAAGGUUAUUCGGGAGAAACAGAUUAGCAGAGCAUUUCUUUGUACAAUUUUUUUUUACAUCAUAUUAAGCAAAUGUGUUUUCUAUUGUGUAUAUCUUUUUUUCUGCAGAAAUGUAAGCAAACUUCACAAGCUGUAUAAAGUUGUACAGUUAUACAUUUUACUCACUAUAUUUAUAAAGUAGGCCUACUUGCAUCGAUCUGUUUUCACAACAUGUAACUAAUGUAAUACUAUAAACAAAAGUGUAGGCCUGCGUUUACCAGGAGUGAACUUGAGUAAAUGUGCUUCUUUACUGUAAUUGAGUACUAUUUGGUGAAUUUGUUCAUGCGGUAUUUCACUGAUCAUCCCGACAUAGAAAAAUCUAAAUCAAAAUCACAUUCCUGUGAUGUAUUUACUAAGCUUUAAUCGAAAACAGCCAAUAAAAUCUAUUUCAAUGCUGUCAUCAUA